CACUCCAUAACCACCACUGACCUCCCUCCCACUCCCAGCCGGGCCGGCGAUCAUGGCGGGUGCCGCAGGUGCGACUCCUCCUCUCCUCCCCGGCCUCCCGGACGAGAUCGCCAUCUGGGAGAUCCUCGUCCGGCUGCCCCCCAAAUCCGUCCUCCGCAGCCGCGCCGUCAGCCCCGCGUGGCGCCGCGUCACCUCCACCCGCGGCUUCCUCCUGUCCCACCACGCCCGCCAGCCCGCCCUCCCCCUCCAGUACACCCACAGCAUCGUCGCCGACGGCGGCGAGUCCCUGGACGUCGUCCCCUUCGACCACCGUGCAGGGGUCGCCGCCGCCGACCGGUUCCAGUGCGUCGCGCGACUGCAAAGGGCUCCCCACUUCUAUCAUGCUCCCCGCUUCUAUCUGGAGGCCUCCUGCGACGGCCUCCUCGUUCUCUCCUUCGGCUUUGACGACAUCUGCAUCUGCAACCUGGCAACUCGACAGUAUGCUCCGCUCCAGCAGGUUCAUGGAUUCAGCCCCGUGGAGCUGUAUCCUCACCCCUCUACCGGUGAGUACCGACUGUUGCUGUACCAGGGUGAAGAUCAAGAUGCCAUCUACGUUUUCACAGUAGGCUCCGGCCAGCCGCCGAGGCACAUAAGGUGCCUUGAUCCGCUCGAACUGCAAGAUUGCCCUGGACUCCUGUUCCAUGGUAGCCUAUAUUGGUACAUAGGCAACCGGAUAAUGGUAUUCGACACCACCGCCGAGUCGUUCCGGCAGAUCCGUGCUCCGGUGGCCAGUGACCAUGCCCGACUAUUUGAGAUGGGUGAUAUGCUUGGUGUCUCGUCUCUUAAUGAUGAGGAGACAGCCAUUGAUAUCUGGGUGAUGCGGGACUACCAAGGCGAGGUCUGGGAUUUCAAGCGUCGGAUUGACUUGCCGGCCGCGGAGAUCAGGCACCAGUGUCAAUGUUCUCUCUCUGAAGAGGAUGUGAUGGUUGUGCCUGGGGACGGUGAGUUGGUCGUGCUGGUCGGUUGUAAUGGCUGGCUGUUUCAGGUUGAUGUCAAUGGCAAGUUGAUUGCUAGUUUCCAACCCAGAGGCCUCAAUUCUACUCUAUAUGUGCUCAAGCAGACUCUUGUUCAACAUACCUUUUUUCCGGCACUAGAGGGUUAUGUUGUGAAUGCCUCGCCAUUUAUCUGACCAGAUGAUUAUGUUAUCAGCACUUAGAGGGCUGUUCAGUCUGGUGGUGUUUUUAUCGGCCUAGCUCUCCGUAUCCACAUGAGCUGCAAUAUGUAUUAACUAGAUCCCUGGUUAUGCUGUCAACACGUAGCCCUUCAUCUGAGAACUGUUGAGUGUGGUGCUGUUUCUUAUCAGCCUAGCUCUCCAUAUCCACAUGAACUGCUGUAUGUAUUAACUAGAUCCAAUGUUCUGUUGUAAUCCAUUCCUUUUCAUGAUAACAUUGCAUCUGGUUAGAUAUUGAAAUGUACUGUUAUAAUUCUGCCUUUGCGUUGCAUUGUUUGGUAUUGUAUCAAUCACUUCGCUUUAGUUGCCAACCACUAAUGCUUCAUGUGGUGUUUAAUCUUAAGAUAAGCUCGAGAAAUGAAACUUGUACUGAUUAGCAGAAGAAAGGUUAUCAUGGUCAGGCUCAGGUCCCAGAUUGUGCUUCCCAUUUGAUUCUGUGCAAAGGCCGUGUUGAGUAUGACAUGAAUUACAUGCCAUUCUUGCAGGUAUGAAUGCCAGGAAUUCUGAGAAUCAAUUCUUGGUGUCAUGCCUCACCAUUGGGAAGCAUAAAAGGAAACACAAGGAACAAAUGUUGUGAAUAACGUGCACAAGCCCAGUGAGCACAAUCCGCCCGGAAGCAUGUUACUAACAGAUUAUCCAAAGUGAUCAAGAAAGCUGCAGAUCUGGCUGGCUCAGCAGGCUAAAGGAAACGACAUGGUAGAGGCUGUUGACGUCCUUGGUCUUCUUGGCUAGCCGUUCAGAUAUACGGGUCUCCAAAUUGCUGUCGCUUGUUGGUGUCUACUUUCCACUUGAAUUUGUGUCUUCUGCUGAUCUUGCAUUGAUGGAUCAUCUUCAUCAUCCUCACUCACCCCAUCAUUAUCCUCACACUCAUUAUCAACAUAUUCGUUCUCUUCGUCAUCAUCCUCACUCUGAGAAUGUUUGAAGAAACAAAUCCAAUAAUGCAGUGGUUGAAUGAGGAUGAAAAGGAUCCAAUCAUGGAUGGACCCCAUGCUGUUUGUGCUGUGUUUGAGAAAAUAAGGUGCUUCAACUCAAGCAGAAAAGCUUCUUAUGUUGUUACAAAUGGUAAUAACAAGAAAAGAAAGAUGAAUGAUGAUGAAUAGAAUGAGUAUGUAGACAUUGAGAGUGAGGAUGAUGACGAAGGGAAUGAAUAUGUUGAUUAUGAGAGUGAGGAUAAUGAUGGGGUGAGUGAGGAUGAUGGAGAUGACCCAUCAAUGCAUGAUCAGCAAGAGACACAAAUGCCAAUAAAAAAGGAGACACAGAUUCAAGUGGAAAAGUAGACACCAACAAGCGACGGCAAUUUGGAGACCCGUAGAUCUGGACGGCUAGCCAAUAAGACCAAGGACGUCAACACUACCAAGUUGUUUCCCUAAUUUUUUUUAGCAAAAUUUGCUGGGAUAUGGUAUUCAUGACCUCACCAAAGGGUCAGAUUGCAAAGUUCCAGUCACUGCUGCAAGAGGGGCAAGUGUAUUUAUGUGCAGUAUGUGGAAGUCGCUCCGGUGAUCUGGCCGUAUCGGACAAUGUACCACAGAUUUGAGAUCAUGUUUAGGGCUUGGACUAAUGUCACAAAGGUAAAUGUGGCAUGUUUGCUGCCUUUGAUUCCAGUUUCGUAAGUUCUUCCCAGAGGAUGGAUCUACGUAUCAUGAUUUUGUCGCAGCCGACAGUGCUUCAAGUGCAGGUGUAGUGUAACUGCCUGCUCUUCUUGAGGUCUUGUUGAAUCCUGGAGCGCUACUACUGCGGGAUGUGUUGGUACACAUAAAAGCCACUUGAGAUAUCAAGUUAUGAUGUUUAAUUUCUUCAACUGAUAGGAUGGGUUACCUGUGAGGUCUUACCCAUGCAUUCCUGUCAAGCUUACAAGAACCACGUUUCGCAAUGAAGGCAAGCACAUAAAGCACCAUUAGUUGAUUCCUUUGUAGUAAUGAAUAAAUUCAAUCGAUGGUUAUGUAUUUUACUGUUCCAACUGUGUUAUACAGUUAUGCCAUACUUGAUGUGUACCGUGUGUCCGCGGCUAACUUAUUGUUGUACACAUUUAUUCCGACAUACUUUUGUUCGGGUGAAAUAAUUUUUUGA